CUCUUACACAUACACACACAUCUUAUGGCAAAGGAGGACUUCAAGUCGGUACCUUUUUUCACAGGGUUAGAAUAGCAUCCCAUGGCUUUCCGAAAGAGAGAGAGAGAGAGAGAAGAGAAGAGAAGAGAAGAGAAGAGAAGAGAAGAGAAUAGGAGAGAGUAAGCUCAGGCCAUCUCUCCAGAAAACGCACCCAAUUCCUCCAUAUAUGCGACCCUUUUGUUUUUGAAUCUCUUCCAAUUCUAUACCAGGAGAGAGAGAAUUAGAGAGAGAAGAAAGAAUGUUCCCAUCCAAGAAGCCUACUAUGAAUUCACAUGAACGGCCGAUGUGUGUCCAAGGGGACUCUGGCCUUGUCCUCACCACCGAUCCGAAGCCCCGGCUUCGGUGGACGGUUGAGCUCCACGAUCGCUUUGUUGAUGCUGUAACUCAGCUCGGAGGACCUGACAAGGCCACGCCGAAAACCAUCAUGAGAGUUAUGGGCGUUCAGGGUCUUACUCUCUACCACCUCAAAAGCCACCUUCAGAAAUUCAGACUUGGGAAACAACCACACAAAGAAAUCAACGAUCACUCCAUUAAGGAUGCUUCAGCAUUAGACAUGCAAAGAAAUGCAGCAUCUUCAUCGGGGAUUAUGGGUCGAACCAUGAAUGACAGGAACGUGCAUAUCACUGAAGCACUUAGCAUGCAGAUGGAAGUCCAGAGGAGAAUACAAGAGCAAUUAGAGGUGCAAAAACACCUCCAAAUGAGGAUAGAGGCUCAACGCAAGUACAUGCAAACCAUAUUGGAGAAAGCAUGCCAAACACUUGCUGGGGAGGGCAUGGCCUCAGUGAGCUACAAAGGUCAUGGAAAUCAAGGAGUUAUACAUGUGGGUGCCAUGAAAGAUAUGGGCUCGCCCAUGAGCUUUCCUUCACUCCAAGAUCUACAUUUAUAUGGUGGAGAUGAUCAACUAGAUAUGCAGCAACAUAUGGAUAGGCCUCUUGAUGGGUUCUUUCAGGCUAAUGAAGGCGUUUGUCUAGGCAAGAAAAGGUUCAACCCCUACAGUUCUAAUGGGAAGAGCCCUUUGAUUUGUGCUGAUGACCUCCGUCUGCAAGAACUGGGAUCAGCUGCAGCAUGCAUGGGCGCACAGGAAGAACCUUCUAAGAAUGAUCAGCUCCAAAUUGCAUCAUCUGUGAUCGGUGGUGGAAUUGACAUGGACUCAAUCACGGAUGUAUAUGAGACCAAACCGGUGCUCUCGACUGACGGCACGGGCGAGAAGAAGCAUGAAGGAUCACCAAAGCUCGAGAGGCCGUCUCCACGAAGAGCUCCUCUUCCUGUGGAAAGGAUCAAUCCAAUGAUCAGAGGUGGUACAUUACCGCAGACUAGAAACAUAUCCUAUGGGUGAGGAUUGCCGAUUCCACAAGAAAAUUCACUCUUGCAUGCAUGUUUAAAUAAGUGACCCGAGUGGGAAUGGCUAAGUAAAUCUUUAAAUCAAAUUGACGUUAGGGUUUUACGGUCAAGUAUAAGUUAUGAUGCUAUGAGAGGUACAUCAUGUCAAAAACUCCAACACAUACAUUUACCGUUGUCAGUCUUUUGUUGUAACGUAUGGGUGACUAAGUUAUGAUGCUAUGAGAUUACUUAAGUAAAUCAUAUUUAUCUAAUGGUUUUAGAUCGAGGCAAUGAGAAGCAUCUGUUCUUUCUUUC